AUGCCGUGUCAUAGACAUCGUGACCAUGUGGAGGAAGCGAAAGACGAGGUGAUAAUGCUGUGCGGUAAACGCUGGCACGUUUUGGGCGCGAUGAUGAACAGAAGAAGAGAGAUGGUGUUCGGUCAGCGGAGAGCCCCGGUGUCGAGGAAGAUGCAGGAUUUCGCGUGGCAACCGAGAUGCAACGUCGUUCUGAUACAAAAUACGACCUCCGACGAUCCUUCUCACAACGGUAGUUCCUUAAUUGCAACGCGACUACGAAGCUCGUCAGUUGCAUCUACGACUUCAUCGUUGUCCGUGGAUUCUCCUGGGCCAUCAUCUUCGAACGCAUCUACCACUUCGCUUCACUUGUCCGCUGGGGCCAAAAUUCACUCUGACCCCGACUCCACAUCAUAUCCUCUACCGAGUCCCGUGAGUCCAUCUGCGGAUGAAACAGUUCGAGUCACACCCGAAUUUGUUCUGGCGCUACACGAUUUCGACCCUCAACAUCAAAACGCCACAUGUCUAUCCUUUCGGGCUGGUCAAGUUAUUCACGUUCUCAACCGGGAUCCUAGUGGUUGGUGGGACGGUGAAAUAAAUGGGCGACGAGGAUGGUUUCCUAGUAAUUAUGUCGGCACAGAUGAGAGUAUCUCCUUGUUAACAGAAGAGGAACUUCCACAUCCUAUUCGUCCACGACUUGGGCAUGGACAUACUAUGUCGGCCGUGUCGGCAACCUCUUGGGCUACUGCAUCGUCGCAUAAUCCUAGGAGUUUGACACCUAAAGAUCAUCGUCCGUUGGUGACGGAGGCUCUUGGUCCAGAAAUUAACUCCUAUUGUCCGCCGCUCAUGGUGAAUCUGUUGCAUAGUUUGUCUCUUCUGCAAAGUGCAGUACGAUCGAGUCGGGUUGCGCAUUUCCAACCGUCUACUGCAUGCAUAAUAUCCUGCGUGCGCUACAUACUAUCUGCCACGGAGUGUUUACCUCGCGAAGCACCGCUUUUAAAACGCUAUUCUACUCUUGCUCAAGAGCGGAAGUUGAUACUAUCAUUGCUAGCUUCUCUUGUUGCACAGGCCAAGAAGGCUUCUGAUGAUACUCAUGACGAAGAAUCUCGUGACGCAGAUAUCGAGGCUAUGCUGAAAUUGGGAGGCCAGGUCUUCUCUCAAGUACGGCGUUUUCUAGCCGUUGCAGUACAAUGUGGUAUUGACAUACCAGAACGUGGACCCCCAAAAGACAAAUAUUUGCUGUAUGAGCGUACCGCUAGCAAUCGCCACAAGCCCAGCGUGGCGUCUGUUAGUAGCGUUUCGUCGUCUUCAUCGUUCUCAUCAGCCGAGUCUACCAAGCAGCCCGUGGUUCCUCGUUUCCCUUCUGGUCCUUCUACUGCCAAUGAAGUGAUGGACGCCCUCCGAUACACCCGCGACCAGUAUCUUUCUACCAUAGCUGCCUUCAUAGGCCAUGCUCAUUCUCACACCCGUUCAUCGCACGCAUCUAGUACUGGUCACAUGUAUGAUCUGGUCCGAGAAAUCGUUGAGUUGGUCUGCAAGCUGCUCACCAUCGUGGAAGCGGUUAUGCGCCAUCCAGAUAUUCCGUCGAACAGGAUAGGCAGUUUGAAAGCUGCGAAAGAGGGCCUUUACAAUGUUACGAGCUCCUUGGCGGAAUCGGUACGACUUCUCACUGUGGCUUUACCACCAGAUGUUACGGAGGAGGAAGAGAAAUUAGAACUGUUGCGUUCAGCGACUGGCGCUCUGAAGGCUGGUGCUGACUGUGUCUCCGCUGUCAAGAUGUGUUUGAACCGUAAUUUUGGUGAUAAGCCAUUCAUCAUACAAAUUCCUGUCGGCUCGGAAUCUGAUCCUGCUUCAUUCACGCCAAGUAAAUUUUCAAAGAGACAUCUCUCCAAAUCAUCUAGCAUCAAACGCCUGCACACUUUGCACGAUAGCGGCGAAGAGGAUCCAGACCGGACUAUUCAGAUACACGCAACGCCUAUGGAGACGCCGAGGAAGGCCCCUAAAGUCAGGGACCCCUCUCCAGAGCACUCUGAUGUAUCGAGCGGUUCGAAGUCGUCAUUGGCCUCGCGGGAAACGUUGUUCACGUCGCCUGAAGACAUGAAGCCUGAACUGUCCGCUGUAUCUGAGCACAUUGAUGAUGAGAAGGAUUCUCUUCCAUCGACGCCGGCUAUACCGAUGGAGCAUGGAGGCUCGGCAUGGGGAAGCUCUCAGCAGGACCAGCAAUCAGUCACUACAUUUGAGGAUAAGCUCGUUAAUGGCGAACUACCAAGUCAUCCGCGUGAUCCCAUGGGGCAUGAUUAUCCUGCGGAAGAUGUGGUUUAUAACAAUGAUGGUCAUCUGGUGGCGGCUUCGCUGGAGGUGCUCGUGGAGAAGAUGACCCCGCAUGAUAGUAUUGUGGACCCAGCCUUCGCAGCUGUCUUUUUCCUCACGUUUCGCCUUUUCGCCUCACCAGUGGAACUCGUCGAGGCACUUAUUGCUCGCUAUAACAUUAUGCCGCCUGCUAAUCUGUCCGACGAAGACUCGAUAUUUUGGCAGCGGCACAAGGGUAUACCGAUACGGCUUCGAGUCUCCAAUUUUGUGAAAACAUGGUUAGAGAUGUACUGGCGCUCAGGCAUUGAUGAUUCUGCCUUGAAAGAAUUGGCUGCAUUCACACGAGAUGCUCUCAUGAAUUACUCCCCAACACCGUCCCAACGCAUUCUUGAUUUGAUCUUGUUGAGGGAGAACACACCCGAGAGUGCAAUCAGCCCGAAAAACGAGCGCGUUCGUGAUCCUGGGAUGUCCAUCAAUCCUCCAUCUUUCUCUCCCUCCGAGAUUCCACGGCCGACUAUGACGAAGGCCUUGUUGGGAGCUCUGAGGACGAGAAACUUUUCUUCUGUCUCUAUCACUGAUUUUGAUGCUCUGGAGCUGGCGAGGCAGUUGACACUUAUGGAGUGCAACCUGUACUGCGCAAUUCAACCAGAAGAGGUAUUAGAGAUGGGACAGCAAGGCGCUAAACCACCUGUCAAUGUCAAGGCUGUGAGUUCCCUGAGUACGGUGAUAACUGGUUGGGUCGCAGAGAACAUCCUGAAUGAGCAUGACAUCAAGAAACGCACUUUGCUAGUCAAGUUCUUUAUCAAGGUUGCUGAUCGUUGUACGUACCUGCACAAUUUCAGCACUCCACGAUCAAUACUCGCUGCUCUCGAUUCUUCAACCAUCUCCCGAUUGCACCAAACUUGGCUGAAUGUGCCUCAGAAAAAUAAAGCACAGUUAGACAUGUUGCGAAGACUUGCGGACCAUGGAAGGAAUUACCAUGAAUACCGCAGUAAACUUCGCAACACCGCGCCCCCAGCGGUGCCGUUCUUGGGCCUGUACUUGACAGAUGUCACCUUUUGUCGUGAAGGGAAUCCUUCGCUUCGGGAAUCACCUUAUGUACCGGGUAAGAAACUGUUGAACUUUAAUAAGUAUCACAAGCUUGCUAGGAUCGUACAAGAUAUGCAACGGUUUCAGGUGCCUUAUAAUUUAAAGGAAAUUCCUGAAGUGCAGGAAUAUUUGAGCAUUGCAUUUGAGAACUCAAAGCAUCACGGGGAUCUGCAAGAUCUUUAUCGUCGAAGCUUACUUGUGGAACCCAAACAGCCAGCCGAUACUCCUCCAGUCAGUGACAUGCGGCAACUCUUCAAUUGGGCAACUCGUUCGCAGGCGCAACAGCCUACUACAUCUGCAUAACAUCUUUGAUUCACUAUUUGCUAAUGAACUCUUUUUAACAUCCUUCAUUGUCUAUUAUUGUUUUGUUAGCUGUCGAAUAUCUGUCAACUCAACUACAUUUUCCUCUCCCCAAACUCAUCGUUAUAUUGCAUCGUCAAUCAUUAUUGCUGUUUGUCUGUAUUCACGUGGAAGCUAUAGCUAGGUAAUCAUUUAUACAUACAGCCGGUGCUGCGUAGUCGAUAUAUCUACGAGUCUACGCACAGCCGUCACUCUCGCAUGCGACUGUGAUUAUACUUAGUGACAUAGUAUCCAAUCCCAUUUUUCUUGAGCUUGAGAUUCUCAUCUACGCGUGGAGAAGACAAUGAUGGAAAAGUGACAUUGGAGACACCAGGACCAAAAUCGUAAACAAAAGGCCGGCUCUGGGUGGCGCCGAAUACACGAGAGCUUUCAGCUACCAGUGCAUAUACUGGUGAGGAAUCGUUCCCGGGUGCAUGCACACUCCACCCCCGAGUUGGGUGACGAACAUCCCAAAAGGCCACGACGCUGUGGCGCGCGGAACCUGCUGCGAUGUGGCUGGAUGAGCCACCUCCACAAGAAACGGAGUAUAUGGGUUCGAACGACCAAGGAUCGUACAAUGAAAGCACGGGAAGUAAAGGGGCGGCGCCGUCCAAGCCUUCUGUGCCGCUCGCACGAGCGGACGAUCGUAAAUCGUGCACUCGUACCAUACCAUCGUACCAGCCAGAUACGAUGAUCUGGUCAGAAGCACCCCAGGGACACGACUGGGGAACCUCUGAAAUGCCAUAAACCGCAGACGACCUUCGUGUGCCAAAAUCUGCGUUCUUAGAGUGCAAUGUCGCAAAAGGAGUUGGGUCAAAGGCCGCGUUUGUGAUAGAAUGCACUGCAAGUGGGGUCGAUGAAGCUGUUCCAAAAACAGCAUAUGGUGUAGAUGACCUGAGAGAGAGAAGGGAGGACCAACUUCUAGCCUUGAUGUUGAUUGUAUGCGGCGGCGAAAUGGAAGAGUCUGAUAUGCUGGAAAAAGCUGCAAUGCCAGCUGACGAUAAAGACAAUAAAUAGUUUCCUGCACGUGAUAAACUUUCUACGAGGUCCCCGGAGUGAAAGUGGUAAGAAUGGUGGCGGGCUCUUUCCAGUGUGACAGAUUGUCCACCAAGCUUUUCUGGUGCAGGAAAGAAGACUCGCUCUAUGGCGCCAUCUUGAAACCCUACGAGGGCUGUUCGGUCCAUCCCUCCAUCAGGACCGAAAGCGACGCUUGUGAUGUCUCGUUUUACGCUAUUACGCUCUGCCAAGUUGUACGAACAUUCAAACUUGACACCUGGUGCAUCUUCAACGGAGCGAGGGUGCGUGAAUCGAUAUAAAUAGAUGAAACUUCCGGCAGCUACGAGGAGUCUGGAGGGACAGAUGGCGAUUUGAGGUUGAAGUUUCCCUGCCCAGGGACGAGAGAGAGGACUUGCAACAAAUUUGGUUCGCGACCAUGACUGGUCCGACAGGGCAUUGUAUCGCACCUGCUGAUGGGAAUUCCAAGAAAUGCGAGCUUGAGACAAACUAAAGGAAGGGUG